CUUUUAGGAUGAGCUCCGCACCGAAUCACGGUAACGUUACAGAGCCAGCAGGGUUGCCCAGCAAACCUGUCUCCGCCGUCCAGCAGGUCUUCAGCCAUGUGAAGGUAGAAAACCUGGUCGCGGGACUCAGCGGUGGAGUGGUGUCCACUCUGGUGCUUCACCCGCUGGACCUGGUGAAGAUCAGGUUUGCAGUAAGUGAUGGGCUGGAGUUGAGACCAAAGUACAGUGGUAUACUGCACUGUAUGAAGAGUGUGUGGCAUCAGCAGGGGUUGAGAGGUCUUUACCAAGGGGUGACCCCCAACAUUUGGGGCGCUGGCGCAUCUUGGGGUCUCUACUUCUUAUUCUACAAUGCAAUCAAAGGCUACACAAAGGAAGGGCGUCAGACUGAACUAAGCCCAGCAGAGCACCUGGUAUCGGCAGCUGAAGCAGGUAUCCUAACUCUCACCAUAACCAAUCCCAUCUGGGUCACUAAGACCCGACUGGUUCUGCAGUACAGCGCUGACCCGACUAGUAAGCAGUAUAAGGGGAUGGUAGAUGCCCUGGUUAAGAUCUACCGCUACGAGGGCGUUCCAGGGCUUUACAAAGGUUAUGUUCCUGGUCUGUUUGGUACCUCUCACGGUGCUCUGCAGUUCAUGGUCUACGAAGAGCUCAAAAGAGACUAUAACAAAUACAAGAAAGUUCCCUCAGAUGCAAAGUUGAAUGCUCUGGAAUACAUCACAAUGGCUGCACUAUCCAAAAUAUUUGCCGUAGCCACAACGUACCCAUAUCAGGUGGUGAGAGCUCGCCUGCAAGACCAGCACAACAGAUAUAGUGGAGUUAUAGAUGUCAUGAGACGGACGUGGAGAAACGAAGGAGUUAUGGGCUUCUAUAAAGGCAUCAUCCCAAAUUUGAUCCGUGUCACCCCGGCCUGCUGCAUCACCUUCGUGGUUUAUGAGAACGUAUCCCGCUUCCUUCUUGGGACAUAAUGAGAGAGACUGAGGAGCCCAGUGUGGACAGCCACACAGGCUCCAUGCUCCUGCUGAAAUGUUGGAGCCACAUGGAGACAAAGAGGGGACUGUGUUCAGUUUGAGGAUCUCUCUUCAGUACGUGGAGAUGUGUAGAAGUGAGAGACAUUCACUUAGAUUUAAACCAGAAGGAUGCAGAUUGAAGCAACAGAGCACCUAACUGCUGGAUUCAUUUUUAUUUCAGUUUAAACUUUGGGUUCUCAGUGAAGCAUGAUGAAAAUAAGUCUGAUUUAAGCGCACAGUUAGGACACGGGGAUAACUUGUUUCAGUUUGCCCCUAUGGAGAUGUUGCUGCUGUGGUAAUGUGAUCGUUUGUUGUUUUUUUUUUUUUUUUCAAACUGGUAACUGGAACCCAGUAUGUUAUAUAGGAGCGUGGUGAAAUAGGUGUUUUAUCACAGAAUAAGUUAUAUUUACACUGUUUUCUGGCAACAGAAAGAUAAAAAAAAAACAUUUAAAGCUUGAUCAUCAGCAUCAAGAUCUUCUCAGGUCUCCAGUUUUAUGGAUUUGUUUUUUUAAUUAACCCUGUGUGAGCAGUUAGUUUAUACACACUUCUCCAUAAAGUCAUAAUUUGUUCGCAUAACACGAACUGAAUGUACCGUUUCAUGACAUUUUGUGCUUUAACCUUUGUGAACACAUUAAAUGUGUUAUUUUGACCCA